AUGUUAUUCUCGAUCGCCCAUCGCUCCAUAGUAUCUCGAGGCUCGAAAUGGCUUGUCACUCGACGCUUCACCUCCAAUGCUCCAGACAAAGAGAUCUUUCUACGGACUAUUCCCACACAUCCAGGUAUCAGUGCACUGUUGUUCAACCGUCCACAGAGCAAGAAUGCUAUAUCACUCAGGCUGCUCAAGGAACUUACAGAAUGCUUGGAAGAAGCUCACUUUGACAACAACAUCCGCGUUCUUGUUGUUGGCUCCACGACCCCUGGCUCGUUCUGCGCAGGCGCAGAUCUCAUUGAACGGCGCUCCAUGUCCGAGUUACAAGUGAACAAAUUUCUCAAGGACCUCCGGAACGCUCUCAACAGGCUGGAGAACCUCCCAGUCCCGACCAUAGCCGCGAUUGACGGACCGGCGUUAGGAGGGGGGCUGGAGCUAGCUUUGGCUUGCGAUUUGCGUGUAGCAGGACACAGCGUCACUAAAAUUGGACUGCCAGAGACAAAGUUAGGUAUUAUUCCAGGUGCAGGGGGCACGCAGCGCGCAACGCGGCUGCUCGGUCUGUCUAAGGCGAAAGACCUCAUCUUCACCGGACGGUCGCUGGACGCUAAGGAAGCCAAGGAAUGGGGCCUUGUCAACUAUGUAUCGGAUGAGGGAGUGUCUGCGAUCGACCGCUCUUUAAUUUUAGCAAAAGAGAUAUCGGCUAACGCCCCCCUUGCUCUUCGUUCUGCUAAACAAGCUAUUUUCCGUGCCCCUGAACUAGCUCUUGAAUCUGGUCUCGACUUUGAGCGUGCAGUUUACGACCCUUUGUUGAGGAGUAAGGACCGAAUCGAAGCUCUCCAGGCCUUUAGAGAGAAGCGUCCACCGAUUUUUAAAGGAGAAUAG